AUGGCAGAGUCAGCACACAUUGCGCGAAUCAAGAAGAACGCAAAGCGCGACAAUAUUGAUCUCACAGUUCUGCCUUUCCUGGCCUCCGCGCUUGCAGACAUCCAAAAGAUAUUUACUCAAACGAUUUCCGGAGUUCCAACCUUCUCCAAUGCAACUCGGAUCGAUACCCAUGUGCAUCCUGUGCCUUCCUGGUUCCACGACCUUCAGCCUUUGGCGGGAGGUCGAGAAACACCAUCCUGGGACAUUCUCUCUCACUUCAACUUUAUGCUCUCCCAUUCCAUCACUCGUUCCAUUCUCUGUAUCUCGACACCACAGGCCAAUGCUUUCCCAGGAGACAAACCCAAAACGCGAGCUCUCGCCCGAAUCCUGAAUGAGUUCACUUCGGCAUUAGUAACGGUGUAUCCGGAUCGAUUCAGCUUUCUCGCCGUGACAGCAUUGCCUUAUGUCGAAGAAAGCAUUGCGGAGGUAAGAUACGCAUUAAAUGAAUUAGGUGCUGUCGGCGUAGGUGUUUUGACAAACCAUGAAGCCCUCUAUCCUGGAGACAAGAUGUUCAGACCGCUUUGGGAGUAUUUACAAAAUCGAUCAAGUGAGAGGGAAAUUAUAUUCAUCCACCCUACGGAUCCACUGAUGAAGGUUGACGGGAGACUGGUCGAUUCAAAACCAUCACCUUUGAGAUCUGGUCUUGGGGAAUUCUACUUUGAGACUGCGCGAGCGAUUUCGUCGAUCACGGCUUCAAGGACCAUUAUCGAGUUCCCGAAACUUCACUGGCGGAUAUCACAUGGGGCUGGUGCAUUUCCGGAUAUUGAAGAUCGCUUUUUAUUAGGCGUCCCAAUGGAUGCGGAAGAGGCGUGGAAAAUUUACGCAACGCGUGCUGGACCUGUUUAUCCUCGUCAGAUAAAAGGGCUUCUCGCUCAUGAUGUGCCCGUAUCCCAGUUUGUAUUCGGGACAGAUUAUCCGUAUGGCAUAGGGUUUUGGGAUGUGGAUGCCAACAUUGCAGGCCUUGCCGAUGCUGACUUUCUCUCCCCAGAGGAAAAAGAUGGUAUAUUUCAUGGAAAUGCCCGGGAACUCUGGAAAGGAAAGAUUGGUGGCGUAUGA